AUGAGAGAGCCUGGCACCUACCAAAGCGCGUUGCUUCUGUUCGCACAAAAUGCGACAAGAUCAGCCUGUAGUAAUUACUCUCAGAAGAGGGAAACAGAAGAAAGCGCUGCUUACACCAGAACACAAUGCGCAAAGUUAACUCCACUCGCGUCCUCCUUCCGGAUCCUCUACGCAACUGCUGAAACGGCGUGGUCCGCCCCCACCCCAGGAACCCGUGAGCACUGUGUAUGCAAAGCAAAGCCGCGGGCGGCUGUGCAGCUCGUUAGGCGGCGCGUGGAGAGCCGCGCGGCGGCGGCGACCAGGGUCCGGACCCGCGCCCGCCACGUGGGUAGGGCGCACACCGCCUUCGCCUGCCGCCGCUUUCGGUCGCUUCUCCCCUCCUGUCUCCCGCGCUGUGUGCCCGCCUCUGGCCCCCCGGCUCUCCUCGCCCUCGCCUCCUUCCUUCUUUUGUUUUUGUCUGCGUCUCCACUCGCUCCGCGGUCGCCCUGCAGAGCCUGGGGCCGGGGCGGCGCGGGGCGCGGGGCGGCGCUUGGGGUCCCCGCGGCCGAGCCCAGCCGGGCCGGGCCGAGCCCAGCCGCCAGCGCCCGCCGCGGGGAGACGCGCCAUCCCAUCCCUAGAUGGCAGCAGGAUCCUGAAGCUGGCGCAGCCCGCUGCAGCCCUCGGGUUUGUCCUGCGCAGAUUGCCCGGGGGCACGGCGGCUAAACAGCCCGGCGCCUCCCCGGAGUGCAGGUCAAACAGAAGAGCGAGCCGGACAGCCGCAGCUGGCGGGACCUCGGGGUCAGAUGCUGCCGCUGCGGACGCCACAUCCUCGCUUUGCCCAAGAUGUGCUAGUAUGUUAAAAAAAUAAAAUA